UCCACACCACCUCUCUUUACAGGAGGAAAUGCAGAUUUUGAAUUGUAGAAGAUCCCACCUUCUGGGAGUCCCUGCAGCAGAACCUCUGUGUGCUGUGGUUGGUCCCAGUACAAGAAGCCGAAGAAAUGCACGGGAUGUGUUGUGCUGGGUGGCCUGAUUUCAAAAAGGAUUUAACAGAGCUUACUCCAGUAGAAUUGAAGACAAUAAAUACUCCAUUGCAAGGAGGAGAAAAUAAGGAAAGGAAAAACUGGAGCUGGUGGGAGGCAGCUAAGAGACAUCCCUCAGUAGCAUUGGGGAAGAAAGCAAAGCAACUGGAACUCUGCUGGAAACUGGAAGAAGAGUAACGUCGUCAUAAAUGAUUAUGUCCUGGAAAGUGGUGUUUUUUAAAAGCAGCGGGGGAAAGAGACUUCUGUGAGCUCAUAGGGCUGAAUGGACACAACUGGCUUCAAUACUGAAAACUGCAUCCAUCCAGUAGGGUGGGAUUUCCUUUCAAGCUCUGCUAAAGUCACAGUAAGAAGCUGUGUGGGAGUCGAGUUUCUGCUCCUUUGCAUUUUAGGUUGCUAAGAAACUCCUUGCUCCUUCAAUCAUGCUGAAAUUCUUGGCUUUACAGCAAGCUGAGGGGCAGGAGGGAAAUGCAGAAAGCAGCAACGUGGUGUUUGGGAAGGUAAUCCACCUCCAGCAUGAAGUUCAUCUUGGGCAGAAUGGCAGACGUGAACAGGAAUGGGGAUUUCUGAGCAGAAGCAGUAGAAACCAGCAGGAACGGGUGGCAAAGAUGGGCAGAAAGAUUCAUCCCAACCAACUGAAAAUCCAAGAAGGGUUGAGCAGGAGAUGGGGUGGGAGCUCAGAGCUGUGUGGGGUAACAGCACAGCGUGGGCUGGGUUGGGUCUUCAGGCUGCAGAGUGUUCCCACUCCAACACUGAGCACUGGGAUUGCUCCCUGCGGGCAGCCAGCCCUGACCCAGCCGCGCUCCAUGCACCAAAUCCACGUCUCUGAUCUGAAGGCAGGGAUGUGAUGUGGGACAGCAUCAAACGCUUCACACAAGUUGAAACGGAGCUUUGGUGAUUAACUGCUGAUUAUCCUGAUGAAUACCUGUGUGCUGAUGCCAGGCCCAAGACGUGCAGCUCCACCAGCAGGAGUUUCUUUACCUGGGUGCAAAUGUCCAUCCAAUGCUAUGAUGGCUUUGGAGCAGAUGGAAAAAGGACGGAGGGCUUUGUGGCAAUGCUGUCUGGACGUCACUCGCUGGAUCUCUGAGAACAGCCUGCCCACGGUCCUACAUUCAUUUUGGUUAGAAAAUCCUGAACACGCCUUGUUCAUCCCACCAGCUUCAGCUUCCGCUCAGCCAGCACUCAGGGCUGUGUCCACCGUGGAGCCCCAGCUUCCCAUGUCCUGCGCAGUGGAAACAACAUUUCCUUCUGUUUAGAUGGGACUUGCCGUGCGCUCCCACCGGCAGCCCGGCUCCGUCCGUUCCCCGGCUCAGCGCUCGGGUUUCCUUUCAUCCCUCUCGCCGCCUUCGCCGCAGAGCCGGGCUCACCCCGCGUCGCUCCUCCGCUCCGGCAGGGGGCGCUGCAGCGCUGGCGGCGGAAGGAGGAAGUGCGAGCGCGGCGCGGGGCCAUGGCGCUGCCCGGCGAGCUGUGGGCAGAGCUGCCCGCCGAGAAGCGCAUCUUCUCCUCCGUCCUGCUCUUCUCCUGGGCCGUGUACCUGUGGGAGGCCUUCCUGGCGCACCGGCAGAGACGGGUAUACAGAACAACAACACACGUGCCAUGGGAACUGGGACAGAUCAUGGACUCAGAAACGUUUGAAAAAUCUCGUCUGUAUCAAUUGGACAAAAGUACUUUCAGCUUCUGGUCAGGGCUGUACUCAGAGCUGGAGGGCACUAUGAUUCUCAUCUGCGGAGGAAUUCCUUUUCUCUGGAAUCUGUCUGGUCAGAUUUCAGGCCGUGCUGGGUUUGGACCAGAAUAUGAGAUUGUUCAGUCGUUGGUGUUCCUGCUGCUCGCAACGCUGUUCAGUGCCCUGACUGGUCUCCCAUGGAGUUUAUAUAACACUUUUGUCAUAGAAGAGAAACAUGGCUUCAAUCAGCAGACACUGGGAUUUUUUUUUAAGGAUGCCAUCAAGAAGUUUAUCGUGACGCAGUGCAUUCUGCUGCCAGUGACAUCCCUUCUGCUUUAUAUUAUUAAAAUAGGGGGAGACUACUUCUUCAUCUAUGCCUGGCUCUUCACGUUAGUUGUGUCCUUGGUGCUUGUUACAAUCUAUGCAGACUACAUUGCUCCUUUGUUUGAUAAAUUCAUUCCACUUCCUGAGGGAGAGCUCAAGCAACAAAUUGAAGUAAUGGCAAAGAGCAUUGACUUCCCAUUGACGAAAGUGUAUGUUGUUGAAGGUUCUAAGCGUUCUUCUCAUAGCAAUGCUUACUUCUAUGGAUUCUUCAAGAAUAAGCGGAUAGUGUUGUUUGACACACUCCUAGAAGAUUAUUCUGCAUUGAACAAAGAACCAGCAGAAGGAGAAGAGGGUGAGAAUGAAGAAACAAAGUCUAAAACAAAAAAUAAAAAGCAAGGAUGUAAAAAUGAAGAAGUUCUGGCUGUCCUUGGUCAUGAAUUGGGUCACUGGAAGCUAGGUCAUACUAUCAAAAACAUCAUUAUCAGCCAGAUGAAUUCCUUCCUCUGCUUCUUCUUGUUUGCUGUUCUGAUUGGUCGAAAAGAACUCUUUGCUGCAUUUGGCUUCUACGAGACUCAGCCGACCCUGAUAGGCUUGAUGAUUAUUUUCCAGUUCAUUUUUUCACCUUACAAUGAGAUUCUCUCCUUUUGCUUGACUGUAUUAAGCAGACGAUUUGAGUUUCAAGCAGAUGCAUUUGCCAAGGAACUUGGAAAGGCUAAAGACCUAUAUUCUGCUUUGAUCAAACUAAACAAAGAUAACUUAGGAUUUCCUGUUUCUGACUGGAUCUUUUCAAUGUGGCAUUAUUCCCAUCCACCCCUUUUAGAAAGACUUCAAGCCUUGAAAGAUGCAAAGCAAGAGUGACAGGAGCCUGUGGGGCAGACAGCACUUCUAUCCAGAGGCAAAGUUAGGAGCAUCUCUUAAAAACGGGUGUGAUGUUAACAGCACGACAAAUCCAAGAAUCCUGAAACAGUAUUAAAUUAUGACUUUUUAAACAUAAACAAAGUGGUGGAACUUAAUUUAGAAUAAAGUCCUGGGUGAAGGCCACGCCUCCUAUGCCUUGGCUUUUAUCUCCGUAUAGAUUUAUAAGGGGAGAAAAAUAUAAUAUUUUGAGGCACCUAUUUCUUAAAUUUUACAUUGGUUUUGAUCCUUUUCCCCUUCUUGGUGUUUUGUGAACUUUCUCUGUCUCCACCUUCACUCACAAUGAAGAGGUUUUGAAUGCUGUGGUUUCUUACAUCAUAACUGUACUAGCCGGUCACUGUGUUUAAAAAGAGUUUAAUGCAGGUAUGAGCCUUUCUGCUGGAGUUAAAUCCAUGUCUGUCAUAAAGGAAAAUGCUGUUCCUCUGAAAUGUGGCAAUACGGAUGAGUCAGAGCCAAAGAAAUAAAUCAUGGCCUACUUGAAAAUGAGGAUUAGUCUGUAUUCAGUAUUGGUAUAGGGGGAUUGGGCUGUCCUCUUCUCCAUUCUGCUUCUAGGGGUACAGAAGAAUAUUACGGAGAAGUGAAGGCAGGACCCAUGCAUUAAAGAAAAUUGCAAGUUCUUUGGUCUUCCUCUUCUUGCUUGUAAGCAUAAUGGUUAACAGCAUUUCCACACCUCUGUUCCUCCAUUUCUGUCAACUUUUGCCUAUAAUUGUGUAUAUGGAAGAGGUCUGAUGCUUGGGCAGCACGUCCACAUUGAACUUUAAUUCUGAGGUCUGCAGAGGGCUUUUUCAUUCAUAUGGACUUAACUGAAACAGUGCAGAAACUCGGAAAAUAUUGCUCGUGAUCAUUCUAAUACAAGUAAUCCAAGAUACGGUUUGUAUAGGUUGGGGAAGGGUAAAGGGGUAAUUGGAGAAAUGGCUUCUGCAUCUGUUAUCGCAGGUGAGACGUGGAAUUGAAUUUACUUUUGUUGAAUAAAGAUAGAAAUUAAAUGUGGGUUUGUAUGUGCCAUUAGAGUGAACUGAAUGGAACUACUUCAUAUAAAAAUCUGGCUUCCUUUAUGUUUUACAUUGAAAUGCUCUUCUCAGUUCUGUACAGAGACAACAAAUCAAAGCAAGAUCUGAUCCUUUUGAGUGCCCGAACGUUCUCCUAGACUUCACUAUUAGCUUACAUUUGCUUUUCUGAUCACAGGAAGAAACGCAUUCUGACAUGGUGGGCAUGAUGAUGCCUCAGGAGCAGUAAGGUAGAUGAUGAUGUAUGCUUUAUUUGUAUUUAUAAACUAAAGAAUGUGAAGCAAAACUACAGAUAGGGAUUUAAGACAGUUUUAGAGGAGAAGCCUAUAAUAUUUUUGGAAAUAAAAGGGUUAACUUGAAUCAUAGAAUGGCUUGGGUUGAAGGGACCUUAACAAUCAUCCAGUUCCAGCCCCUCCUCAUGGGCUGGGUGCCCCCCACCAGACUGAGCUGCCCUGUGCCCCAUUCAUGGCCUUGGGCAACUCCAGGGAUGGGGCACCCACAGCUCUGGGCAACAGUGCCAGCACAUCACAGCCCAUCGAGUAAAGAAUUUGCUCCUCACAUCUAACCUAAAUCUCUCUUAGUUGAAAAUCAUUCCUCCUUGUCGUAUUACCACCAGACCAUGUAAAACGUUACUCUCCUCCUCUUUAUAAGCUUCCUUCACCUACUGUAGGGCUACAGUAGUCUUUACAAGCUUCCUUCAACUAAUGUAAAGAGGGCUCCCAGGGCCUUCUCCAAGCUGAAUACCCUUAGCUCCCUCACUCCUUCUCCGCAGAGCUGCUCUCCAUCAGUUCUCUCACUCCAUACACAGACCUGGGAUUGCCCAGACCCAGGUGCAGCACCUUGCACUUGGCCUCACAGAACUUCAUCAGGUUCACAUGGACCCACUUGUCCACAGAUCCAGGUCCCUCUGGAUGGCAUUUCUUCUUUCUACUGCACAGCUCAGCUUGGUACCAUCAGCAAAGCACUGACGGUGCACUCCAUCCAUCAUUGGUAAAGAUUCUGAAGAUUACUGGUGUUGAGGUGAAGCCCUGGGGGCCACCCCUCCUCACCACCCCCACCUGCACACAGAGCCAUUGACCACAGCGCUUUGUCCACAACCAUCCAACCAAGUCCUUACCCACCGAACAGCUCACCCUUCAAAUCCGUAUCUCUCCAGCUCAGAGAUGAGGAUGCGGUGCACCGCCUUGCACAACUCCUGCCAGGUGACAUCAGUUGCCGUCCCUUUGUCCAGCACUGCCACCAUGUGUGUCAGGCUCGCCCUCCGCUCUCCCGCCCGUCGCGCCCCAACAUGUCCGCCACCUCGCGCUGUUCCCGCCUCACCCUGAGGCGCUCUCGCGAGG